GUGUAAAGUACUGACACUCGAAGUGUAUUGUUAAAUAAUGCAAACAAAAUGGUCCUAUAUUGUACUUCAUUUAUUAGUCUUUAGAUGAAGAUAAAUAUUUGGUAAAAUGAUUUUGAAUGUGCAUACUUAAGUUCACCAUUCGUAAAAUAUACUAGUUAUACAGUCAACCGCAGAGUAUUUUGUGUUUGUUCAAAAUUGGCAUCAUACAAUCUCAUACGAGGCGUACAGGCAAAAGCAGGCCUCGCCGGAAUACGAUCAUGGCAUUCGGUCGCUAUCAGCAUCUUCACAAACGGAAUUGCAUUGGAAUGUUGCCGGUAUUUUGUUCGUUUGUGGCGGGAGCACUGCUAACGAUAUUGAUCGGAGGACCACAGCAUAGCUGUGAAUCAAGCACAAAAAAUUAUCAACCGGAGAACUCCUACUUUUUAAUGUUGCUGAUUGUGAGUGCUCCGGGAAACAUAGAACGCAGAACCGUUAUCCGGGAAACAUAUUUGAAUUUGCGACCAAGAAUUUUGAACGAAAGUUACCAAGAUGACGCGAUUUAUGUGCCUCUUUAUGACGACCAGGAGCAUUUGCAGCUGGAAACAGUUGAGAAGCAAAAGGAGCUGUUAGAUAAUUACCAGCAGCUGCAAAAGCGUAAGAUAAAAAACAUCAAGGUUAUAAAUUUUAAGAUUAAAGCACUGUUUGCUAUUGGAACGCACGGCUUGUCCCGAGCGGAGCGAAAGGUUGUGUAUGAGGAACAACGCGUCUUCAACGAUGUAAUUGAGUUGGAUGAUUUGGUGGACUCGUACGAUAAUUUAACAACGAAAAUCAUUCGCAGUAUGAGUCAAAUAGACGAUGUUUAUGAUUUCAAAUAUUUGAUGAAACUCGACGACGAUUCCUAUGUUAAACUAGAUCUUCUAUCUGAGGAUUUAUUGAGUUACUAUGAAAAGUUACACCGAGUACGGUUAAGUCACACAAAACCAACCGAGUUGUAUUGGGGUUAUUUUAAAGGGGCGGCGACAAUUCAGCAGCAUGGCCAUUGGAAGGAAAAAAAAUACCAACUCUGUGACCGGUAUCUUCCGUACGCUCUGGGUGGAGGAUAUGUACUGUCGAAAAAUCUAGUUUCAUUCAUUGCCGCCUAUCGAAAAACCUUAACUGUUUACAAAAGUGAAGAUAUGGCCGUUGGAACCUGGCUUUCGUCGUUCGGAAAUAUUCAUCGCCGACAUGAUGUUCGAUUCGACACGGCUUGGAUGCCAAGAAAAUGUAAAACCUACCAUUUAGUACUGCACAAACGUACCGCUCAGCAGAUGAAGGAGAUCCAUCGGGGAGACUUGUGUAGUCACGAGGAGGAACAAGAACCCGACACACAACGUCCGAAAGAAUACUUCUACGAUUGGACCGUCCCACCGUCACAGUGCUGUCGGACGUUAGUUCAACAGGAUAAACACUAAGUUGAAAGUAUUACGCAGGCGAAAACACCCUAGCACCAGCUAAUAUAAGAAAUUGUGAUAUAAAACAAGCCCGAAUUCGUGACUUAUCUGUAAACGCAGCUAAUGCCGACUGUUAAUUCUUAACGAUGAUCCAUGUUAAACCAAACAAAAGUGUAGACAGCAACCGUUUUAUCUUUUGUUGAAAGAAAUCGAAUUAAGUACUGGAGAAUAUACUAUAGAACAUGAGGAAGGAAAUU